CAUCGGGAUCGGGAUUGGGACCAUGGACACCUUCCAGUCCCCGGCUCCCUCGUCCCGCCGGGACAGAGACGAUCCCGGCCCCGCGUCCGUCACCAUCCCGGCCUCUCCCUUCAUGCGGAAGUUGGGAUUCGGCACCGGAGUCAGCGUCUACCUGAUGGAAAGGUCUCCGCGGGGCCAUUCCCGCUCUCCGUGGGCCGUGAAGAAAAUCAACUCCGGCUGCUCCCGGAGCCAACGGAGCCUCUUCCAGCGGCGGCUCCGGGAUGAGGCGCGGAUCCUGCGGAGCCUCCGGCACCCCAACAUCGUGGGGUACCGGGCGCUGGCGGCGGCUCCGGACGGGAGCCUGUGCCUGGCCAUGGAAUUCGGGGGGGAGCGAUCCCUGCAGGAUCGGAUCGAGGAGCGCCGGGAGCGCGGCCUCGGAGCCUUCCCGGCCCCGACCGUCCUGCGCGUGGCGCUCUGCGUGGCCCGCGGCCUGCAGUACCUGCACACGGAGCAGCGGCUGCUGCACGGGGACAUCAAGUCUCCCAACGUCGUUGUCCGCGGCGCCUUCGAGACCGUCAAGAUCUGCGACGUCGGCGUCUCCCUGCGCCUGGACGAGAACCUGACCGUGUCGGAUCCGUGUGCGCGCUACGUGGGCUCGGAGCCGUGGCUGCCUCCGGAGGCGCUGGAGCCGGGCGGGAUCGUCUCCGACCGCUCCGACGUCUUCGCGCUCGGCCUGACGCUCUGGGAGAUGCUGGCGCUGGCCGUGCCCCACCUGCCCCCGCCCCCAGAGGAUCGGGAUUCCCGGCUGGGGGAGGAUUCCCGGAUGGAAGAUUCCCGGUUGGCCGAUUCCGUGUUGAAAAAUUUCUGGCUGGAAGAUUCCCAAGGGGAUGAUCCCGUGUUGAAGGAUUCCCGGUUGGCCAAUUCCGUGUUGAAAGAUUUCCAGCUGGAAGAUUCCCAAUUGGCCAAUUCCGUGUCGAAGGAUUCCCGGUUGGUCGAUUCCUGGCUGGAGAAUUCCCGGUUGGCCGAUUCCGUGUCAAAGGAUUUCCAGUUGGCCAAUUCCAUGUCGAAAAAUUCCCGGCUGGAGGAUUCCCGGUUGGCCGAUUCCGUGUCAAGGGAUUCCCAGUUGGUCGAUUCCCGGCUGGAAGAUUCCCAAGGGGACGAUCCCGUGUCGAAGGAUUCCCGGUUGGCCAAUUCCAUGUUGAAGGAUUCCCGGUUGACCGAUUCUGUGUCGAAGGAUUCCCGGCUGGAAGAUUCCCAGUUGGCCGAUUCUGUAUUGAAGGAUUCCCAGUUGGAAGAUUCCCGGUUGGCUGAUUCCCGGUUGGCCGAUUCCCGGCUGGAAGAUUCCCAAAGGAAUGAUCCCAUGUCAAAGGAUUCCCAGUUGGUCGAUUCCCAUUUGGAAGAUUCCCAGUUGGCCGAUUCCACGUUGGAUGAUUCCCAUUUGGAAGAUUCCCAUUUGGAAGAUUCCCAGUUGGCUGAUUCCCAAGGGGACGAUUCCUGUUUGGAAGAUUCCCAAGGGGACGAUUCCCAGAUAGAGAAUUCCCAAGGGGACAAUUCCGUGUCCUCGGACGAUGAUUCCUGGGACGAGGCGGCGUUCCGGGCGGCGCUGGGCUCUCGGCCGGCGCUGCCGCGGGCGGUUCUGGUGCCGGCGCAGGCGCCGGUUCUGGAGCUGUUCUGCGCCUGCACCGCCGCCGCGCCCCGGCAGCGCCCGCCCGCCGCAGCCAUCGUCCGCGCCCUGGAGAGCCGCCGGGAAUGUCCCGAUCCCGCCGCCGCCAUCGUCCGCGCCCUGGAGAGCCGCCGGGAGCAUCCCAGUGACGGCAUUCCCGGGAAAACCAGCCCGGAGAGCCGCCGGGAGCGUCCCGAUCCUGGGAAAAACCAGCCCGGAGAGCCCGGCACAGCGGCUACGGAGCCGGAAUUCCCGGGGUUACACAGCCCCGACCGCCUGGGCUAA